AUGCCUAGUAUUCCCUUCAUCGGGAGGUUGCAUCUCCAGGAGUAUCUGGCUCUGCUCGGCUCCUUUGUUUUGAUAGGUCUGGAAGUCAUCAUCAGAGGCAUCACCCUAGCCCUGCCAGGUCCCAUCAUACGCUUCUUCUACAACUGCUCGCGUAAAUUAUUCAACCAGCUUUCAGGUGCACAAGGCCGGAGAUCACGAAACCGAAAGAAGGCCAUUUCAUCCCCAAUAGCUCAAGCUUCGGACUUUGUCGAGCUCUGCGAGUUGUUCGGCUACUAUGCAGAGGAGCAUAUCGUCCAAACCAAGGACGGCUACUUGCUAGGACUACACCGUUUAGGAUGGAAGCGUGGCGAAGAAGACCAGAGAGUCAACAGUGGGGAGGGCAGCAUCCAGAAGAAGGUCGUCUAUCUCCACCAUGGCCUGAUGAUGAACUCCGAGGUCUGGGUUUGCCUGACCGAAAAGGAACGUUGUCUACCCUUCGUUCUUGUCGACCAGGGAUACGAUGUCUGGCUCGGCAACAACCGUGGUAACAAAUACUCCAAGAAGAACGUCCACCACUCUCCCACAAGUGCCGCAUUCUGGAACUACUCAAUUGAUCAAUUCGCCUUCCACGAUAUCCCGGACACUAUCGACUACAUUCUUGCAACCACCAGUCAAAAAGCUCUGUCCUAUGUCGGCUUCUCUCAAGGAACUGCUCAAGCUUUUGCAACUCUCUCUAUCCAUCCUAAUCUGAACGACAAGGUCAAUGUUUUUGUUGCACUUGCCCCUGCGAUGGCUCCCCCAGGCUUGGCAAUGGGCAUUGUCAGCUCCUUCAUCAAAGCAUCACCGGAAGUCUUGUUCCUGCUCUUCGGUCGCAAGGCAAUCCUGAGCAGCACCACCAUGUGGCAAGCGCUACUAUAUCCUGGUAUCUUCUCCUGGGUUAUUGAUAAGGCUCUACUUUACCUUUUUGGUUGGCACGCAAAAAACAUCACCGCAUACCAAAAGCUGGCAGCUUACCCGCACUUGUUCUCUUUUAGUAGCACCAAGUCGGUCGUCCACUGGCUGCAGAUCAUCAGAAACGAAACUUUCCAAAUGUUCGAUGAUGAGGUACAGGCUCCUCUCUCGAUUGCUUCUGGUGCAAAGUACUACAAGGUCGCCAAGUAUCCUACUCGCAACAUCAAGACACCCAUUGUUCUUGUUUACGGUGGAAGCGACAGCUUAGUGGAUAUCAAGGUCAUGCUCAAGGAAUUGCCUAGACAUACAAUCGCCAAGGAGAUCCCCCACUACGAGCACCUCGACUUUUUGUGGGCCGAAGACGUACACAAAUUGGUCAUCCCACACGUGCUCCAAGCUUUGGAGUCCCACUCUACUGAUGCUGGACGUAGG